AAUGGUAUGCCGAUCCACCGGGGGCCGGGCGGCUCAAACCGCCAUCGGUCACCGGAUCGGCGGCACCUGCUCGGCCCCGGGUGCUAUUUUCACCCUCAGGAUAAAGCGAUGUGCAGCAGCCGCCCGCCGGCACGGCCCCCGCAGCCCCAGUCAGACCCGAGCACAGCCAGGAUGAAGUCCACAGGCAGCGAGGGCACCGCGCAGCCCGACGGCUUCACCUCCGACCUAGACGAUCUGGACAGCAGCAGCGACAGCUCCGACGGGAAGUCCACCGGCGGCGGGGGUUUGCGCACUGGGGCCCCGCCAUGGAGGCGAAUGCGGAGACGCAACAGCGGCGGAGAUGGAAGAGGAGGCAGCGGCGGCGACGCGCGUCCGUCCGGCAUGAGCAAGCAGCGGCAGGCGGCCAACGCGCGGGAGCGGGACCGGACGCACAGCGUGAACACGGCCUUCACCGCGCUGCGCACGCUCAUCCCCACGGAGCCCGCCGACAGGAAGCUCUCCAAGAUAGAGACGCUGCGCCUGGCCUCCAGCUACAUCUCCCACCUGGCCAACGUGCUGCUGCUGGGGGACGACUGUCAGGACGGACAGCCCUGCCUGCGCUACCAGAGCAUCCUGCACGGCCCCGCUGCGCUCAGCGCGCCCUCCCUGCGGCCCAUCUGCACUUUCUGCCUCGGCAACCAGAGGAAACUGGUGACCUGUCAACGAUGCCUUCAGUGAACCGUGUUUUUAAAAAACAAGGUCUCUUUGCUUCCGCAGCUCAGAGAAUGAAGGGAAGCACUCGUCGGCAGCUGUGUGAGGCCGAGCGGCAACGUGCGGACGAGGAGACCCCCCACACACACCGUGAUGUUGUUUACACGUAGACACGUGGCGUAGAAACGCACCUGUAGGAUUUUGUACAUAUAUAAAUAUGUUUAUUUAUUUAUUUUUUCCAUUAGACGAGAAAACCCAAAGACAGAACUGAACACUGAAAAGCACUUUCUGUUCACGCUGGUGUGCUUCUGAAACCUCUUGUGUUUUGCUUGGGCUGUAACCUGAGCCGAUGUGUAAAGCUGCACCUGACGGGGAAGGGAGGGGGCUAUUUUGGUCCCAGGAAUAGCGCUAACCCCCCUCUCUAACCCAUGUCCGACUCCUAAAAAAAAGUCACUGUCAGUCACAUGAAGGACAGCGAAGAUCUGCUACUGCAGCGGUCGCUGUCAGUUGACGGGCGUUAACGCUGCCUUCAAGUGCUCCCUGAAAAAUCGCAAUUAUGCAAGGGGCGCUAUAAAGGGGCAUCAACUGAUCUAUCGCCUCUAGUGGCUGGACCUGGAGGAACUCCUGGUUUGUCUCUGCGUGCUAAAACAUUAUAUAGCAACAUCUCAGGAAAAUGCUACCUCUGCAGCCUGAUCGGGCCUGUAAGUAUCCUACACAAAGCGGAGCUUUCUACUCCGCAACAUUAAUCGCACAAUUUUAAGAUGUUGUUUUUUGUCAUUUUAAUCCAGUUACAUUUAAUUGUUAAUUUUUAGAUGCAACGUAACAGCGAAGUCAGUGGAAAGUGGAUGCAAAUUAGCCCUGAAGCCAAAUGUGGAGAUGAGGAAAAACUGUUGGAGUUUCAAUACAUCACAAAUAAAUGUGAUGGAACUUCUAUAGAUAUUCAAAUGACUUUUGAUUAACUCAGGGGAUGAUUUUAAUUCCACUAAGGCAGAGUUCAUUAAGUCUAUUGGUCAGUUAAGAGUUUUUGAGCCUCAUCUGACGUGACCCUUUACAUUUCUUCGCAAAUCAAAUAAUCACAUCCUGCAAUGGACAAAGGAAAAAAAGAAUUUCAUUUUCAUAUUUGUCUGCACCAGGAAGUUUUGCUUCAUGCAAGACAUAAGUAUUGUUUCUCCUGUGAAGGGCAAACUUCUGAUGGCAGCAAACGCUUACGCAGCGACUGGUGCGAUGGAGGAAAAGCAGACAGAGAUUUGUUCUGAUUUAAAGAUCAUGUGCAAAAGAUUAUAUUUAGGUUUAAAAUCUUAACUUCAGAAAACAAAAUCAACCCUAAUCCACAAAUAAGUGAUUUGAUUCACAUUUUUUAGAGAUGUGGAAUUUUGUCAAAAUUUUGUUUGUGAAAAGUUUUGGUUUUUGGCCUGAAUUCAAGAUGUACUGUGAAGAUAAAUAUAUUUGCAGUGUGGCGAAAUGUUUACUUUUGCGUUGUUGCACAAUUUCUGUAUCACUUUAAAAACGCAAAACUUGACGUUUUGUGUGCACAUGGAAUGUGGAAUGUCCGGGCUUAUACAAAGUGCAUUAGGCUGCCUCUUACAUUUAUUUGGGGGAAAUAUAGAAAUAUAAUCUUUUACAAUGAACUGGAUCCCUUAAAAUGAAAAUACACAGCAAAUAUGGAUGAAAACUAUCAGUGGGAAAAUGUUGCACACUACCUCAGACCAGUUUUAAAUAUGAAGGCCUACCUCUAAAUCUAACGUGUAACAUGCCUGUAUUAAGAUAUACUUGAAUACCUGACAAAUGUGUCCUUUGCACAUCGCAAAUACUGAGAAGCUGUUGAAGAAAAAUGAAUUUUUGUACAAUAAAAGUUUAAAAUAAUAAAG